AUGAAGUGGCAGUCAGCUUUGUUUCUUUCCGGUACUUUUGCCAGUCAGGUGAUUGCGGGCACUGAUUCCAUUGACUGCGAUAUCGAUGAACCCUACGCUGGCUACAGCAUUAUUAACGGGAUCGAGUACCUUCGAGGUCUCGAUGGUCAGCCUGUCGCAAGAGCAGAGAAGUGCAACCGUGUCAGUUGCUCCUAUGGCGGGGGUAUAUAUGUCUGUUCCGAUGAUGGCAAGGACCACCCACUCAAGAGCUGGGGAACUGUGGCAGAUGUUGCCGAAAAGAUUAAGCAAGAGUGUGGGUAUAGAGGGCGUCUGUAUAGCUCUGAUGGUUGGGGUGCUAUUAUCCAGGGGGCAGACUGCUAG